AUGUCUACUGUCAACAUGGUAAAAUACUACUUCUAUCGGGGUAUGCUGCCAACCGACCAAGACAGACUGCGCCAGCUACUGGCCUUGGCAUAUCAAACAGCCAGAGACAGAAAGCUUUAUCCCAAAGCCGUUCUUAUUAGGUCCGAAGUCCAUGAUACAACCAGCAUCAACGGCGUACGCCAGAAAGACCCUUUGGGUCCACACGUGACCCUUUGCUACAAGGAUGAAGCUCAGCUCCUUCGCGGAACUCAUAUCGCUAGUCACGGCUAUGUUCACGGAAAGGAUGACCUUGAGUUUGUGCGCGCAACGCACGCCGGAGAGAAACCCGACACCGCUAAAAGGCAACAAGGAAGGAAGACGGUGUGGCCAUCAGAUGAGGAGCUUGUGGCUGCGCCAGAGAUCGGCUAUGGCCAUUUCCCGGAGAAUUAG